UAGAGUAUGUGGAGCGCUCAUUCAGUUUUGUGAAGUUUUGUACCUUUGUAGAUGUAGUCAUCGUGAUAAUGGAACAGUUUCAACGGAUUGAGCAGUUUAUUCACGAUGUGAGCCUGUGUGUGGAAACUAGCAGAGACCUCUGUGAGAGAGUCAGUCAAGACUUGCGCCCACUCCUCCACAAACCCUGGCCUCCCAAAGCAAAGCUGUCCAGAUCCAGCAUCCCUCCGGGAGCAGAUGGUGAUGUUGGUAACCGUGGUGAUGCUGCAUCAGCAGAGGCAGAGACUCUGGCUGAGGUGGAGCGGGCAUUGGUCAAGGCCCAGAGGGCCCGAGAGCUGCAAAGAAGGCUCAACCCCAUGGAGGAGCUGCAUCAAGAGGAAGUUAUAGAGGCAUCAGCUGGUGAUCAAAGGACUGGGGUGGACCUACCACCCAAGCCAGCAAGCCAGGUCAUUGACGGACAAGAGUUUGCCGUCAUUUCCCGCUCGACCUUGCAGAAGCUGUUUGCUGACACAAAGCCGCGGAUUUCCAGUAAGGACGAUGCAAACCUGCCUCCUAAGCCACGGCCGGGCACGGCCCAGGCCCGAGCUGCCUACGGGGCCAAGGUCCCCCGCCCCAAAUCCUCAGCCAAGUCUCGCUUCACGACCACCUCCUCGGAAAUCGGCCGAAACGUCGCAGCCAAACCCAAGGCUAACACUUUGGGCAACAAGUUAACAAACCCACAACUUGUCAGCGGCAAGAAAGAGCCUACUGACAAAACGAAACUUACUCAAACAGUGAACAGAACUAAGAAUCCAACCAGUGCAGGAAAUGAAAAAGUAGUAAAGUUGGAAAAAGUUGGAAAACCCAGAUAUGUCACAAAGAACAAAAGAUCUACAGUUGGAAUGAACAGAGAAGAACCAAGUUUAAAUUCACCUGAAGCCAGAAAAGGUAAAAAUCAGAAUUUUGUGGGUGUGUCCAAAAAGCCUGAUACCGUGGGGGAUAAACAAGAGACGUCAGUAACUGAAGUGGGGAGUCUCGUCCAGGAAACGGCUGACCUGAAUCUGAAGGAGAUGUCUUCAGAUCGAGCAACCUCAUCUGGGAGGGGAGAUCGAGAAGCGCAGAUCCAAGAGGAUUGCCCAAGGCCAUUCUUGCUAAAGAGGGAUGGACAUGACCUCAGGGUGCCAAGCCGACUGAGGAAGCUGCAGUCGGACAUAGCUCGGCUCAAACAGCGACUGUCGUCAGAGAUGACGCCAAAUGAGCAGUCAUCACAUUCCCAGCACUUUCGGCAUCGACUGGAGUCAAAGUUUCAGCAAUCGUCCCAGUCACUGUCACUCCGAGAUGUGCAGGACGUAACGAGAGACUGCAGACAUCUGAUACAUGUUGCCAAGUCGGCCUUGACAGAGUUUCCGGGGCACGGGAAAGCAUCAUGGGAUAGCCGAUGUAGGCUGCUAGUCCUAACAAAAGCCCUAAGGGCAAAAUUGGACACGAUAAAAGCAGACUUUGAAAAUGUCGCUGAAGGCGAGAAGCGAUUUCUCAGCAAGGACCAUCCGGCGCUGCCUCCAGCAAGCCAGCUUGACUCAUCCGGUGGUGCUGUGCAUCAGAACGUUUGCCAUCCACCUUCAACCGCAUUCUUCCUUCCCGUUCAACAUGGAGAUUUCCACGGUUGCUUAACGCACUUGGACGGUACGAGCCGUGGCCAGAGAUGCUUUGAGUACAACAACUUGAAGGAGCUCCAGAGGUUUGCAACGCUACAGCAUGAUGUACAGAGGUUGACUCUUCAGAUCCAGCUAGAAAAGCUGAUUGGAGAGGAGAUAUUGCCCAUCUUGGUGGACCUGGAUCCAUCAGACAGCAACUUUGUGCCUCUUUACAGAACUCUGUAUGGUCUGUUGUGUCAUGGAGGGCGACUCUACCCUUCUGUGGUUGGGGACAGUAUGGAGAGUACCAGUGAAAUGGAGACAGCUUGACCAGCUUAUUGGCUCUGUGCAAGAACUGUAGGGGGCGCCAUUUGGCUCAAUCAAGUUCCAGCAGCAUGGCAUACAUCAUACCAGCUUACAUGGCACACUUUACACACAAGCAGUUUUCCACUGAAUGUGCACAGUCAUCAUCAACUAAAUAUGCAGAACCGUUUUCACCUAACUGCACAACCUUUAAUAACUGGGUAUGGGUUAUACAUCACGCAGUCACUGUGAACUAAAUGUGCACAACCAUUAUCAACUAACUGUGCACAAUCUUUUUCAACUAAAGGUGCACAACAUUUUUUAAAGUGGAAAAUCUAAAAUCUGCUGUCCAGACGGAUGACAAUUUUUGGAUGGUACCUGGACAGUUCCCCAAAGGGGACAUCUUUCUCAGGAAUCAUGCUGAAACUUUUUACAGGUUUUUGGUCAAUGAAAUAUUUCUUGGUAGGAUACAAUAUCUUUACAAUGACCAUAAUAAAAUUUUUAUAAAAAUGGUAUUUUGGUACUCAGCAAUGUUUUAUUAUCUGAUGUUUUUCAGCAAGUUUUGUACAUUUUUCAGAAAAUGUGAGUGUUUGAGACAGAAGAGACAGCAAAAAACAAUCGAUGGUAUAAGAUAAAGAUGUCAUUUUUAAAAGGGAGUGGUGAGCAUGUAGGGAAAGGACAAGACUUUCAUAUUUCCACUCUAGGACCGGAGCCAGCAUCGUUUGCAAAGUACCAGUCACUGGUCUCAAAAAUUGUACAAAUACAUCCCAUUUAUUCCAACAAAAUACCAGGGAAAAGUUUGGCUGUAGCCUGUUUUUUUAUACUCAGUUAUGUCAAACUGAAGACAAAUCCUAAGCAGAUGUCAAUUUCUGAACACGGACGCUUAUCUCUGAACACCUUGGGAAUAAAAGAACAGCAUUUGACUUUUA